AUGCAGUUCAAGACCAUCUUCGGUGUCCUCGCCGCCGCCAGCCUCGCGGCUGCCGCUCCCGCCCCGGACACGGAGGACGAGAUCAAAAUUGUCGCACGGGCAGCACCGAUCGACUUCUAUUGUAAAGGAGCAUUUGUAUCAGGCGUUGCUGGAACCGGAUGUGGAGCGAGUCCGCUGGAUAAGACCCAGGCCAAAAAGCUCACCUGCGCAGAUGGCAAAUAUGCUGGCUUUCCCAAUCCCGGAUGUUCCCACUGCAAUUCAUAUAAAUACAUGAAAGCUGUAUACGCCAGCCACCGCAGUCCAUUUCCAUGGCGCCCAACCCCAAUCCCAAGGGUAGCUACCGUCAACCCUAUAAGACUUCCCCGUGGCUUUGCUGAUACCAAGUUCCUUCGACUCCGCACCCGAACGCUUAUCUUCUCGUCCAGCUGGAUCAUGAAUCCGCUGACCCCCCCACAAAUAUCCCACCCACAAAUCCCGCAAAAAGCUUCCGCGACCGUGUCCCACCCGGCAUGA